AUGCCCAGUGAUACAAAUUUAUUAACAACUAAAACUAAUAAUAAAACGACUGUUGCUGAAUCAAGGUGUCUUGCUGUAGCAAAUUUACCAGAAUCGGCUACUGAAGAAAAUGUGAAAGAUUAUUUUAAAAAAUAUGGUCGUGUUCAUACUGUCAAAUUGGAAUUGUCUGAUGAUCAACGUUAUGCUUUUGUAGGCUAUUUGGAUGUCCGAACCGCAUCAAAAGCACAUAAUAGUGAGAACAUAUUAGAUGGAAAAAAAUUACGGACGGCAUUCCACGAUGGAUCAAUAUCUGUUCCAAAAGCAUUACUUGAACCACUUGAAUUACAGAUGACAACGUCAGAAACGAGUGGCUCCAUAACAAAUACGAGUAUUGAUAAUAAUAAUGUAACAGUGACUAACUCUUCUUCCUCUACAUUGACUCCAACCCAUCAUAGUAGCGGUCAUCAUCAUCCGACGACAUUAUCAUCAACAGUGAUUGGAAAAAAUCAAACCCAUGUUGAAAAGCGAUCAUCAAGAAUUGCAUGUAGUCCAGAUGAGAAUACGCGACAUCAAGUUGUUCCUGUUAAGCGAGAUGAUUCUGGAUCAUCGGGUAGUAAACGAAAAACUUCGACUAGUGCAAUCAAAAAUUCCGGUGUACAUCCAACGGUGAUUAAUUCAAAAUCACGAAAUAAACAUGGCUCAUCGAAUUCUUCAUCAACAUCGUCCGACUCAGAUUUUAGUGAUGAUAGUUCAACUCAUAAUCGUCGUCGAUCGACAAAAACAACAGGCGUUAAUGGCCAUGGAAAAACAAAAAUUAUUAAAAUUUCUAAUCUGCCACAGAAAAUGCCGUUAUCUGCAUUACGCGAAAAUUUAUUAACGUUAUAUGCUGAAUUUAAAAAAGCUGGACGGUUAGUUACACUUAAAAUUGAGAGUGAUUCAGAUAAACGUCAUGCAUUGAUCACAUUUCGGAAGAAUGAAGAUGUAGAAAAAGCGUUGUUACAUUCACAAAACAAACUUAUUGGAACUAAUCGUAUACGUGCUGAACCGUACGAUGCGUCUACUGAUAAUGACGAUUAUGAUACGGUUAAACGAGGUGGUGGUAGUGAAACAGAUGUAGACGAAUAUUCAGCUAAAGCUACAAGAACACUCUAUAUUGGAAAUUUAGAACCGGAUAUAUCAUAUAAUGAUUUGAGAGAAACAUUCUCCAAAUAUGGUGAUAUAAUUGAAGUAGAGAUAAAACGUCAACAGCAAUCUCAACAUCCAUUGACAUUUGCUUUUGUACAAUAUGCCGAUAUUAAAAGUGUUGUCAAAGCAAUGAAAGCCAUGGAUUCUAAACUAUUACGUGAUCAUCCUAUUAAGUUGGGCUUUGGUAAAUCUCAACCUACCAAUGUUUUGUGGCUAGGUGAACUUCCAUUGAAUGUUACCGAUCAUACUAUUCGAUCGUUUGUUAUUCGAACAGUUGUCACUAUUCAAAGUGAUCAAGUACUGGAUAUUUAUGUUGAUAAUCGUAAUAAAGGACAAGCACAAGGAUUAGUGUAUUUUGCUGAUACAAGAGUAGCACAAGAAGUUAUUAAUCAUAUUAGAGGAAAAAAAUUAGAUAAUAGAAGAAUACAGGUUGAUUAUGCCAGCAAAGUAUUUAUAACACGAUUUUCUGAUGUUAUUGAAGAAGCAAGCACUAAAAAGAAUUUUGUAGCCUAUACGUCGGAACCAUUAUAUUUAGCAGAAACACGUACUGGAACAAAACGUAGCGUAACUCGUGAUCCAUUAGAAUUGCCAUCAUAUGAUACCACACGAGAAAGAUGGCCUCUCUCCUACAAAGAACCAUCAUCCUAUAAUCGUACACAUAAAUCAGAUGUUCGUCAUCCACCAGAUCGACGUCAUUCAAAAGAUUAUACAAAAAUGCAUCAUCGUGAUACAACUCCAAAUAGUGCUCCAGUCGCUGCGAUAGGUAAUAGUGAUAUCUCACCAGCGAAUAGUAAUACCUUGUUGAGCACCAUUCUUCCAGCAUCAUCAGUAGCACCAAUGUCUACUGCUAGUCAUCGACGUCGUCUUUCAACAUCAUCUAAAGAUAGUGUAUCAAAUGCUUUCAACACAUCGAUUUCUUCUACAGCACUACUAUCAGGCAAACAAAGUCAUACUCAUCAUUCAAGUACAUCAAGUAGUCGCAGUUCAAGUUCGGAUCGUGGCGAACGAAAUAAUUCACGACAGAAACAUACAACUAAAUCAAUUUCAGGAAAUAAUAAUAAUAUAUCUUCGUCAUCAUCGAUAUUAGUGACUAAGAAGAAAAAAAUAAUCGAUAGCGGAGUAUCAUCUCAUCGAAAACCAAAAUUGACAAAAGAUAAACGUGAACGAAAUCGUAAGCGUUUACGACACGUAAAUCAUCAUUCUUCACAAGCAGCACAUAAUAGUACUGCAUUCUCAUCUACAGUUCAAACGUUAACAGUAUCGACUAGCAUUCCUACUCCAAUUACUACUCUAACAUCAACGUUAACUCCUCGACGACUAUCACAAGAGCAAACUAUGAAAAAUACAUCAAUUUCAUCUAUUUCUCCGACAACGACGGGUACUAUUACUAUUACAACUAAUAAUUUAAAUCCGACUGACAGUAAAAUUUUGACGUUGUCUUCUUGUUCGACGAUCGCUUCUGCUGUUACCGAACCGGCAAUCGCUGUUAUGAUGACGUCGCCAAUACCAAUAUCAACUCUUAUUUCACCUACGCUAAAGAAAGAGCAAUUACAAAAUAACAAAUCGUCUGGACUACCAUCAACUAGUUGCGUUUCACCAUCAUCAAUGCUUGUAUUAUCAAAUGUUAAACCAUCAUCGCCAAAAGUUUUAAGAAAAGAUCCUCAAUUAGUGUUUGACUGGUUAAUGCAAAAUCAUCAUAACAACAAUAACGGUGUCAUUGAUAAUGGCGAAGAUGACGAUAUAUUGCUUGAAAGUGGAACUGAAACGAUGAAUAAAAUGAUUGCUACAAAUAUAAACAAAACAUCAACGAGUUCAAACACAACUAAAACUAACGAAACGCAACGAAAUAUUGAUACUUCGAAAAAUGUUAAAAAUUUUAAAGAAGACAAGUCACCUGUUACAACCACCGUUACGUCAGCUUAUCGAUUACAACCAAUUCGUAAACGUGAAGAUCAAACUGAACCGAUAUUAAAUGCUUCGCCAUCGUAUGAUAUUUUAAAUCAAUUAUCAACAUCUUCUGUGGAAUUACUAAACGAAAAAAAGGCGGAUGAUUUAUUGUCUUCAUCUUCGAAUCAUGUAUCAAAUAAUAGUGGUGGCAUCGUCGAGGAUGAUACGAAUGAUAUGCAUUUGACACAUAAUGUAAACCGUCGUCUACCCACAUCGUCACAGCCGAAUAAAUCAUUACAUGUGAUUUCUAACAAUACGAUGCCGAAAGAUAUUCCAUUAGAACCUGUAUACAAUUACGAUUUGAUCGAUGUACGUUUACAAUCAUCAUCAAAUAAUACAACAAAUAAUUUAGAUAAUUUACGUUUACCGUUUCCUCAAUUUGCAUUUGAUCUCGUUAAAUCUAUGCCAACAGCGAAUGUUCUAGUAGUGUUGAAUCCAAAAGCACAUUUAAAACAUUCGACGUUAGGUAUUAGUAAUAGUGGAAAUGUGUCACUCAUUGGGAAACAAUCAUCGGAUAAAAUCAGUGAUUCUACAACAGCUGAUUCUACUGACAAUAAUAACAAUUCUACCUAUGGUAUAACGCUUCCGGCACUCACGACACCCCAUAUUGAUUUAUCUCAAAUAACUACAUUUCGCAGUGAUGUGGGUGAUGAUGAUUCGCCAACAAAUCGUAUACCAUUAGAUGAACGAAUUCGAUUGUUAGAUAAACAAAUUUAUGAAAUAAAUCAUAGUAUUACGGCAAGCACUACUUCAACAUCACCAACACGACCGAUUCUUUCAUCGUCUAUUAGUGGAGCAAAAAUACAGACAUCAACAGUGAACAGUAACAAAACAGUUGUUCCACCUUUAUCAACCACAGCUUUAUCGCCAAGUACACUUCUAUCAACAACUAUGGAACAACAAAAAUUACUAUUAUUAAAACGCAGCACACCAACAAGUGUUACUAGUACUCAGUCAUCGUCCUCACCGGCUAUUAGUGCUUCAGUCAAAAGCGAACUGGUGUCCUCAUUAUCUUCGUCAUCGUCAGCUUCACAAACACUAUCGCAGUGUAUCCAAGCGGUAAGAUCAGCACCCUUAACAUCAACGUUUAAUUCGUUUCCAACAAAAGCACUACCAUAUUCAUAUUCGACACAACAUCGAAAUGGCACCCCAACUCUAGUACCGAUUCCAUCAACUAGCACAGUAACAUCCAUGUCAUCAUUUUCGACUAUACCGUCGCUAUUAACUUCGUCAAAUAUUUACGCGUCGCAUAAAUCUUCAGAUCAACAAACAACAACGAAUACGUCGCUUUUGUCAUCAAUACAAGAUAUACUGCAGCGUAAUUCUAUUGUAUCGAUUCCGUCUAUUCUUAAUUCUUCUUCGUCAUCAUCCGCUAUUACUUCUAUAGCACCAUCAUUAUCAUUGACUAAUAUAUCCAGUUUAA